AUGGUGGGUACAGGGCCUAGGGACCCUGAGCUGCUCACGGUCAAGGCAGUCCGGGCCAUCGAGGCGGCGGACCUGGUGCUCUACGAUAGGCUGGUGUCUAACGACGUGUUGGACUUGGUCGGGGAGGGCGCCAGGCUGCUCUAUGUCGGCAAGACGGCGGGAUACCACAGCCGCACCCAGGUUUAUGGAAGGGGUGGAGAAGAGAUGGAUUUCUUACAGCAACAGGGAAUCAAAGUUGAAGUUAUCCCAGGAAUUACUUCUGCUUCGGGAAUUGCAGCAGCACUAGGCAUUCCGCUAACCCAUCAAGGUGUUGCUACCAGUGUCAGAUUUUUAACUGGCAACUCCAGAAAUGUUGGGACAGAUCCACUAUAUGUAGCUGGAGAUGCAGCUGAUCCAAACACUACUUUGGUUGUGUACAUGGGUUUGUCAACACUUCCAUCACUUGCUACAAAGUUAAUGAAGCAUAGCCUGCCGCCAGAUUCCCCUGCUGUUGCAGUAGAGCGUGGGACUACACCUCAACAACGAACGGUGUUCGCCUUGUUAAAGGAUCUUGUGGAUGAAGUCAAGUCAGCUGAUCUAGUUUCUCCAACUCUAAUAAUUAUCGGGAAAGUGGUAUCCUUGUCGCCCUUCUGGGUUGAGUCAUCUGAACAUGAUGCACUGAAAAUUGAGAGCUCAUAUGUUAAUGAAGCCAGAUGA